AACAAAGUAAAUAACACAAUCAUCCAAAACUGUUGGCAUAAGACAGGAAUUUUUCUGAAUACAAAUGAGUCAAAAAUGGAUAUCAUAGAUGAGUCUGCUGAAAAUGAUACUUUAUUAGAUAAUGAGGAAAUUAUUACUAAGUUACCUGAUAAGAGUCUGUAUGUACCUGAGACUUUCCAGGCUGUAGCAAUAUAUAUACAAGUAGUUGAUAAACCUAUUGCUACAGAAGAAAUUCUUGGUGAUAAAGAAAUCAUUGCUACAGUUCAAGCUGAUGAGAAUGAAGAGAAGCUAAUCAAACAGGAAAUUGAGGAUGAAGAUGAAGUGCCUGACCCACCUGUGAUAACUGUCGAAGUAUAUAAUACAAUGCAAACUAUUAUUCGCUAUGAAGAACAGGAAAAUUCAGA